GAAUACUCCCAACAACGUCAGCGACUGUUCAAGAUUGAAAAUGGCCAACAACGCGCCGAACGAAGUGGAGGAGACGAUCAAGGCGCUCAAGGCCAAGCCCGGCUUCUUCUCGUACAUCGUCAUGAACAAUGACGGCAUCGUAAUCAAGUAUGAGAACAUGGAGUACAAGAGCGCCGUCAUGCACGCGUACCACAUCCUGAACUUGUACGCGCGAUCCAAGAAACACUUGAGCAAGCUGUUUGACGCGAGCGAAUGCGACAUCGAGUGCCUUCGUUUGCGGACGAAACUCCAUGAAAUGAUCAUCGCCCAGUACACGCGCUUCACGUUGGUUGUCCUGCAAGUGUCGGAAGCACAAGUGAUCAAGGCCGACGUGAAAGUCGAAGAAGUCGUCAAGGAAGAGGUCACAGCACCCGCGUAGACUACAAUACUCUGGAGUAAUGCACGGCCAGAUGUAGAUAUACAUGAGGGGUACUGUGUUGCUGUGCUGUCAAUGAGCAUGCAUGCACAGUCAAAUGGACGUAGAUGCAGUACUUUACGCGGAAUGAUGCCAUUAUCCAGAACAAGGCAAAGAAUUAUAUGUAAAUGGAGCCUUUGCUUGGUAAAGGCAUUUCAAUGGUG